AUGGCGCCCCUUGGUCAGACUAUUGCCGUGAUUGACAAGUCCGGCAAGGUGGUGAGCACCAGCAAACAACUCUUUGGAGUCUUCAGUCAAGCCAAGGCCGCGUACAAAGAGCGUAAAGCCGCAUUUGACUCCGAGCGCAAUGCCAAACUCGCUGAACAGCAAGCGCUCGAGGCCAUGGCAAGGUACCAGAUCGACGAUGCGCCCGCACCCUCGGUUGUCUCUCGACGGAGUCAUCGUAGCAGAUCUCGCCAUGAGACCAGUCGCAGUGUUCGUCAAUACGCCGGUUCGCGCAUCGAACAAGACCUGCACUCAUCAGCGGGGUCGAGACCUCCUUCGCAAUACGGCCCCAGCGAGGCAGCAGUCUCUCGCCGGCACACGCAUGGCGAGCUCAUGGUGCGCGAUGCCCAAUCCAUCCCGGCCCGCUCCAAAUCCGACGCUCACAUUGACAUGGACCUGGCGUAUGGUGAAGUUCACCCCAAGACCUUGAUGAGAUAUACCCCACCGAACCCCAACCUUGACGAACAAAAGCAGCUGGAUGGACUGGUCACUCGCGCGCAGUGGCUUCUCGAAGAAGCUCACUGCGUUCAGCACAGUGCCACCGCAACCAUCUCUCAUCUUCAAAAGAACCCGGACGCCAUGGCCGCCGUGGCUCUGACGUUGGCGGAAAUCAGCAAUCUCGCCGGUAAGAUGGCGCCCGCUGCGCUCUCUGCAGUGAAGACGGCUGCACCGACCAUCUUCGCCCUGCUUUCGAGUCCUCAGUUCCUCAUCGCUGCGGGUGUGGGACUCGGGGUCACCGUUGUCAUGUUCGGUGGGUACAAGAUCGUGAAAAAGAUCCAAGGCGGCGCUCUCCCAAGCCUUACCGGCCCGGAACCGAUCGAGAUCCAGGAAGAACCAGUCGGCAUGGACGAAAUGGUCGAGCUCAACAUGGAAGCUGGAAGUCGCGUGGAGAACUGGCGACGAGGCGUGGCCGACGUCGAGGCCGAAAGUCUGGGUACUUCGGUCGAUGGCGAAUUCAUCACGCCGCGAGCAGCCGCCAUGUCUGGGAUUGACAUCUCCACGGCGCGAGCCAUGCGCGAUCCCCGAUUCAAAUUUGAUGAUGAUGGAUCGGUGGCGUCGUCGAGAAGGUCCCAUCGAUCGCGUGCCUCUCGUGCGCACACGUCGGCCGAGUCAAGAAGUGGACGGUCGAGACGUGGCGGUGCCCCCGAAGAACCCCCUGCGUCAAAGGCUCCUUCGGCCUUCUUCCCCCGAUCAAAAGCUCCCACGGUGGCUGCGAGCAAAGCGCCCAGCAAGGUGCCGAGCAGAGCGCCCACGAGAGCCCCCAGUCAUGCGCCCAGCCGAGCUCCCAGCAAAGCACCCUCCAAAGCCGCAACACGAGUAUCUGUCUCUGAAAAGGAGAGCAGGCCUACGGAUAAGAAGAAGAAAAAGGGUCCCAGCCGAUUACGACUCUUGUUCACCGCAUGA